AUGACCUUUGUCUUUUGUUCAGUUGCCCUUAUCUGCCCGACGGACUUUUCCUGCUUAUUAUUUUCCUCUACGUUUAUUUCUUUUUUUUUUUUUGUAUUGACGGCUUUAAUAUCUCUUCCUCAUUUUUCUUUCUUUCUUUCUUUCUUUCUUUGUUCUUUUUCUUUCUUUCUUCUCUUUCUGAUUCUUUUUCUUCUACUUGUUCUUGCUCUUGUUCAUCUUUCUUUUUUCGUCUUUCUUUCUAAUUCUACUACUAUUGCUAGAACUUUUAAUUCUUCUUCUUUCUCUUCUUUCUCUUCUUCUUCUUCUACUACUACAAGUAUGUUACUACAACAAGAUGUUAUUUAUUUUCUAUUCCUUUACAUUCUUCUUCAUUUUCUAUUUCUGCUACUUGUACUACUGCUACAAAAUGUAUUACUUCUACUUCUUAUUUACUUCCUCUUUACUUCUUCUAUUACUAAUACAAAUACAAAUAUUACGACUACGACAAGAUACUCAUUAUAUCCUCAUUCUGAAUCUCCUUUUUCUUCUGUAAUUAUUAUUAACAUACUUCAUUAUUUUCUUUCCUUCUUCUUCCUGAUUCUUUUUAAUUAUUGCGUACUAUAUCACUUCUUCUUCUUCUUCUUCAUCUUCUUCUUCUUCACCAUCUUCUUCGUCUUCUUCAUCUUCUUCGUCUUCUUCUUCUCCAUUUUCUUCUUCGUCGUCGUCUUCUUCUUUUACUUCUUCUUCGUCUUCUUUUUCUUUGUCAUCUUAUUCGGGGUCAUCUUCUUUGUCUACAUCUUUAUCCUUUUUCGAAUAUCUCGAGAAAAUCAAUAA